CACGCUUCCAGAGCAUAAGAGGGUUAUGAAGGGAGAAUGGAGAUUAUUUCGAUUUGCCUGGGGAUGAUACGUCCUAGUUGCCUGGAACUCUUUGGUUGUUAAUCCAUGGCAGUCUUGGGUGAGUGAGCCAAGGGGGGCAACUACACGUGCUCCGUACCAUCGAUCUACUCUCUAAGUGUCGAUCCGUAAGGGCAUAUUGGAACGGGGGAACGGGGUUCAAUGGUAGCUGCGUCUUGUCCACUGCAUGAGUGACCACUGGGGUUUUUUUUUCCUUUACUUUGUUCUCUCUCCAUCUCCCCAAGGACUCACCAUUACAGCCUAACAUCGAACAUGGCGGAAAAGUCCCCAUUGCCGCCGCUGUUGCGCAUUCCGCUCGAUAUUCGCAUGCUCAUUUACGAAUACCUACUCGAUGACUGCGGCAACCGGAAUCUCGAAAUACGUCAUCUGCCUCUAGGACAGGGGCAACAAAUAGCACGGUCCAAAAAACGACGCUCCUCCUACCGUAUCAUUGAGCCCUCCCUCCGCAGACGAUGCUAUUACAUGACCUACGCCCUCGCGUGCAACGCCGAGAUGCACACGGCCUUCAUGGCCACAAACCGUCUCCUCCACUCCGAAGCCUCGUGGUUCCUGUACGGCCGGCACACUUUCAGCUUCGACACGGACAUCGAAGCCGUUGAUCCGUUUCUCGGCGACCUGACGCCACCCACUCGUGAACUGGUCCGUUCCAUCGCUGUGCGCAAGCAGAGCGCCGUCCGCUGGCCCGGCAGCGGCAGUGAUCCGAUCGACUGGUCCCAUAUGUGCCGGCACCUCCAGGACGACCUCCCGAAUCUCAGGCAUCUACGCAUCACCGUCGAAGGAGACCUCCCGCCGCCGCCCGCCCUUGAUUCUCACCGGGAGUCUGUGCCGUCAUGGAAGCCAGAGCCACCGCGACCCCUGGAAGUCUCCGACUUCCGCCUCCUGUGUCACAUCAAGCACGACAGCGUCUCUUGGAUCCGCGAUUUGGCCGGGUUCCACAACAAGUCCAAGGGACUCGGAAUGCUCGAGGUGGUGGCCGAUGUACGGCCCACCUCUGUCGCUGCAGAGACGACGGAGGCUAUCGUACACGCCGCCUUGUCGCUUUGCAUCGAGACGGCCUUUGUCGAGUUUCUGAGAUCUGACCUAAGACUUCCUGCGGUCUGUGUCCCGUCGACAUGGCGAAGGGGUGGAAGAUGGUGAUGGAUGAUGGGAGGGCAUGAUUGACGUCAGAGCCAAGUCAUCAUCCCUCAUCCCUUUCGGGAACCCUCCCGGGCCGCCUCCCCUCCUCUCCCAUCGUCACCACAUGCAGCUGCC